CUACCAGCAGAUUAUUCGUGUUUUGCGCCAAAUUAAUAAACAACGAUACCUUAAAUUCAGUCUAUCAUGCUGAAGAUGUCCGUGAGUACCACAGUAGCGGCUGUGAGCCUAAUGUUACUUCUUGAUUUCUGCGCAUCAACUGAUAACAUCCCACGAAAAUGGGCAGCUUUCUCGGCAAAUAUCACAAGUUUGAGCCGCUACAACGUCUCUGAUGUUGAUGUUAAAGCGGAGAUUCUGUGUAGCAUUUUAGCAACUAAAGACGGAAAGGCGAACCUCUUCUGCUUCGGACCAAAAGGCUGUGUUUUCGGACAAGUUUACCUACCUGACGUUGAAGGAGCGCAAACCCCAGGUUACAGCUGCUACUAUUCCCAAGUUUGCCUUCACGACAACAAAACUCUCCACGAAGGAGAAAAGAUACCAGGCACUAUUUGCCCGAACCUCAACCUGACGUGCACCAAGCGUGGCAUGGUCACCCUAGCUAAUGAUGUACCACCGCUGACAAGCUGCACUCCGCCUUUCGUGCAACACCCGUUCGGCUGCAUGUACUUCAACCAGACAAAGCUGACGCUCUGCCAAGCGAGGGCUUACUGCCAGUCUCUUGGGGCGCAACUGGCGUCGCCAACCACACAUGACAAGUUCCUCGCCCUGAUGGCCUACCUUACAGCGACUUACG